GGCCGUAUAAAGCGGCCCGCUGCGGUAGGGUCACUCCCCACCAAGCAGUGUACCGCCGACGCGCGCUCCCUUCGCUCGAUCAGUGCGCACCGCCGGAGACGCAACGACGACCACGAUGACGCUCGCACCCGCUGCUGUCUUUUUUGCACUCCUGGCCCUGGCAAAUGCUGGUUACCACGGGCAUCAAGGAGGUCACAGCAACACGUACAGGAAGCAGAACGACUACGGCGAAUACUCGUUCGGUUACGACAUUGUGGACGGCUACGGCAGUAUCCACGGCCGUCACGAGACUGGCUCCAAGCACGGACCAGUGGUGGGCUCCUACUACCUGGGCAACAUCGACGGCCGCCACAGGCACGUGCACUAUGUGGCCGACAAGUGGGGCUUCCGUGCGAUGGUCAAGACAAACGAGCCCGGCACCAAGACGAGCCUGCCGGCCGCCGCGCCCUACCACUCGGCCAACGGAAAGCACGUGCCCGCGUACGGCAUCUCUGGCUACGGCCAUGGUGGUUACGGCGGUCACGGCGGUUACGGCGGUUACGGCGGAUACCACGGCUAGACCACUGAUCACCCGGAAGCCACGACGAAAAGCGUUCACAGUUUCGACAAAAGCCCAAGCGCCUUGAGUGAACAAAAUGCAACCUCCAGAGGCAACGCAUGCAGGCAAGCAGGGAGAGCGCAUGGCGACGACCAACGUGCCCCCCCCCCCCCCCGGCGAAGCUUCAGUGCUCCUGUCCAACAUGUCGGGCCUCUUUUUUUUUUUUGCUUCUUCCUGAGUAUUUAGGCACUUGCAUUCGUUCAAUAUUGCCAAGAGCCGUAAAUGCGCAAGGUCACCUUUUCCUUCCUUUAGUUUUUUUUUAUUUAUUUGCAUUGAUGAUGCUAAAAGAACAACGAUACCCGCCAUAGUGUCGUCAUCCUAAAAAUUAAUUGUCGCGGCAUUCGUCGUGAACGGAUUGUAUGCAAUAAAGCAACACUCAGUAUAGGUAAUAACAUCCGGUCCAGGGAGAUGUAACCGGUCCUAAUCGGACACUCUGGUACGUUGAGAAGCGCCUUGAUGAUUCCUGCCGGCGCAAGCAAGCUUCCAAUGAACGGGCUCCGAAACUUCGAAUUACUUGCAAUAUUCACCGUUUGAUAAGUAUUCUGGGAAAAAUAUAAUGAUGCUGGAAAGCUACGGCCAUGGGUUUCUACAAAAAUUAUGACCCGGAAUGGAUCCGUACAUAGCCUGCUCGCAAAGAGAGAAAACGCUAGGAAAGGAAAGGCGGGAGGUGAACCAGACGAGCAUCUGAUUUCCUACCCCACACUGGGUGUAAGGUAAGGGGGGAAUAGGAAAAGGAAAUUCCUGAGAAAAGUUACUUCUUCAAGGCAGCCUCUUUAUCUUUUUUUAUUUGAUUUUUUUUUUCAAGAGAAAAGCGAACGUAAAAUUACUUCGCGUCAGCUUCUGCUAUUUUGUUAUGUCUUUGUUUAAAUAGUGUGGUGACAGACAUGGUGCGACGCAUGCCUGUUUAACUUUUCUAAUGUUCUAUCAACACAAUCUUUCUCAAUUUUUUUUACAAAAUAGCAGUAAAAGAAAUGUAUUGCAGUGGCAGCCCUUUUCUUUUCUUUUCACUUGAUGUAAUGUCAGGCAUUUGAGCAAUCUAUGCGACACUACGGCCAAUUGUUCACACAGUCGCUUGGCUUUACAGUGAGAACACAGCGCGGUCCAUGAAGAAGAGGCCGUGAGACUUGAAUGGUCAAUUCAAUUGUUAAGCCUCGGCGGUUUGCUUAAAAAGAGAAAACUUUGUUGAGCCGGCAGCGACGUCCCCCUCCUAAUGACGAAAUCACCGGCUUUAGCAACGUCGACGUUCAUUGUGUAUAAGUGUACAGACAACUCCCCGCAUUGUGCUGUUCUCUUUGUAAACUUUUCAUGUUCAUUGUGCAUAAGUGUACAAAUAACUAUCCGCGUUGUGUUAACUACUGUUUGUAAACUUCCCUAGUGCAAUAUAAAUAACUGUACAGACAAUUCCCUGCUGUUUUCGCUUAUAUUUGUAUGUGUUUUUUUUUUUAUGCUGUUGCCUGUACGCUGGCUGGAAGUAACCAAAUACCUAACUCUUUCCCGCGAAGCAUGACGGUUCAGCGCAGAUUUGGUGCCUGUCUUUCUAGAUCCGUGCUGCUUCUGAUACCGCUGCUCUCGGCUUGCACAGUUCUGACACGCGUUUUCGGCAGACUUAAUCCCUUAGCGCGACUAAAUUGCUCUUAGUUUGAGCACCAUUGGCGAACAGCUUACAAAUCAACAAGAAAGCAUUGCCCUCAUUUUAGCAGCACGUACAACUAGAUUAUUCUGAUUUUGCUUCCAACGACCGCUUCCUGCAAUUACUCGACCGCACGCCGCCUGCUCCGUAUAAGUAUUGUUCCGCUCUACUAGCGCGUCGCGCCUGCGGCUUGCAGCCUAGAAAACUGACGUUUUCGGCCGGAUUAGCCCCCUGGAAAUUGAAAAUGCACGUUAUUUUCGGCUUCAAUCUCCCCGAGAUUGCAAACACCGCGAUAUAAUAUAGCAUGCCCAGGAAAUUCGGCAUUGCUUCGCUGCGCUUUGAGGUCUAGUUUCAGCGAGUUUUGUGUACAUACGCUCAUUUGUGACUGGCGCCUUCUAUACUUUCCCGCGCUACGUCGAUUCGACGCUCCUUCUUGUCUGCAAGCGGUCGUUGCUCGCAGUGCCAACGUGCCGUCGUGUUGCAUGCUGAAAGCCAUGUUGAUUCUAUUAAACCGUACGCUGCGGCCGUCCUUGAGCUGUGCGUGCGCCUCUGUGUGUUUUGUGGCAAAUGUGCGAGCGCUCAGCGUUGCACUAACCCCGCAGGCACGCGAAAGUUAUACAGGUCCCGGAACUCGUGUGCGUCAUCGGGUCUGCGAUUUGGUAUUUAAUAUUUCCACUACCCUCUGUACAAAGUGUGCGUUUGGUUCAACGAAAAUAAAAGAAUGCUACUUGUUUGCCUUA